AGAGAGGUGAAAAUCGAUUGAGUUUCAUCUGUCGAGGUUAUAUCGAGGACGAAUACUUGUCUGGGUCCGAAGGGGGAAUCUGUUAAGAAACCUCCUUGUCGGCAGUUUUUAACAGGAUUUCUAUUUAUUUUAGGAAUUUUCUUCAAAUUAAAGGUGCAUUUAAAAUGUUGAUCAAAGUGAAGACCCUGACUGGUAAAGAGAUUGAAAUUGAUAUUGAGCCAACAGACAAGGUUGAACGAAUAAAGGAGAGAGUGGAGGAGAAGGAAGGGAUCCCGCCCCAACAACAGAGGCUGAUUUUUUCAGGAAAACAGAUGAACGAUGAGAAAACUGCACAGGACUACAAAGUACAAGGUGGCUCUGUCCUACAUCUCGUCCUGGCCUUACGGGGCGGUCGCAACUAACGCUUCUAUGAUAAUCGAUGAACUUUUUUAAAAAUAUUAUUUAUACAAAGCAAAUCUAUGAUCAUUCUGUGUUUAUUUUAAUUACAUUUUAGUUGUUUCUCCACUUUAUUCCUGAGUUUUGAAAUUUAAUUGAAUAAAACUUUUUUUUUGUAAAUAAA